CCUCCAUACUUUCGACACACUAACACGGAAGCCUGAAGUUCACUCAGGUGUUUCUUGUAGCUACACGAACCACAGAGAUGGAAAAAUAUCCACUCUGAAGUCCUCCGACCGGAUUAAACAACGACGUCCAACGGAGAAGCCAGCAGAGACCCGGAGAGGAGCCUGUACACACUUUUUAAAAAGAGGAAUAUGACUGUGUGUGUGUGUGUGUAUAGUGGAUAUAUCGAUCACAGGACAGAACAACGUGUUUUAUUAUCGGAGAGUUGGACACAACCCCGGAAACAGCAGUUCACUCCUCUGGUGAAGGCCUACAGCAGAGACAGGAAGGUCCAAUGAAAUGGUCUGAGACAAGAGGGAAAACACACUGAGCAACAGCAAGGAGGUUUUUUAAAAGUUUGUGUUUAAGAUCAAGUUGAGAAAAAUAUGGAAGACAAAAAGGGAAAUACUCCGUCCCCCGUCUCUGCUGGGUGUGACGCAGGCAGUGAGUCAGUAUACAAACAUCAAGGAGGACAAACUUCCAUCACAGAACAACAGCUGACUGCAGAUGAGACGUCUUCAGAGGAUGUUCAGGAUAAGCUGCAAAGCAAAAGUGUCCCAGUGCUGCCUCAUGAUUGUUCAUCUCCAUCUUCCUCCAGGAGUCUUCCUGUUUCUAAUAGACAGAUGUUUUUGGACAGUCUGUUCUCUUUGCGUUUCCAAAUAAAGAGAAUACAAAGUCAAAUUUCAACUUUAAAAAAACUGAUGCCUGCAUUUAGGAAGUUUCCAGAGGAGGAUGUUCAGGAUAAACUGCAAAGCAAAAGUGUCCCCAGAUUGUCUUGUGAUAAUUCCUUUCCUCGUCCCUACAUCAUCAGCAAAACCAAAGGUGAGCUGGGGGAGAAAAAAAGACAGAGAGAAGACAAGUGACGCUCCGCAGGCAGAGAAUGAAGACAGUGAGUCAGUAUACAAACAUCAAGGAGGACAAACUUCCAUCACAGAACAACAGCUGACUGCAGAUGGGAAGAUUUCAGAGAAAGGUGUUCGGGAAAAGCUGAAAAGUGUCCCAGAAUUGUCUCCUUUUUCCUCCAAGACGGUUCUUGAUUUAACGUCUGAAAGGAAAAAUCAGAACAUGCGUUCUGUUAAUCCAAUAUUGCCUCGUCUAAGAAAUAUUUCAUACUUUAAAAAACAGCUGACUGCAGAUGAGACGUUUUCAGAGAAAGGUGUUCGGGAAAAGCAUCAAAGUGUCCCAGGAUUAUCUCCUUGUUCCCUCAGUGGUUAUUCCUCUCCUUCUUCCUCCAAGAGGAAUCUUGAUGUAACAUAUAAAAGGAUAAAUCACAACCUGCAUGAUCUUAAUUUAAUAUUGCCUCUUCUACAAAGAAAAAUUUCAACCUUAGAAAAACAGCUGACUGAAGAUGAGAAGUUUUCAGAUGAGAAUGUUCAGGAUAAGCUGCAAAGCAAAAGUGUCCCAGGAUUGUCUCGUGAUCAUUCCCUUCCUCGUCCCUACAUCAUCAGCAAAACCAAAGGUGAGGUGGGGGACAAAAUAGACAGAGAGAAGACAAGUGACACACCGCAGGCAGAGAAUGAAGACAGUGAGUCAGUAUACAAACAUCAAGGAGGACAAACUUCCAUCACAGAACAACAGCUGACUGCAGAUGAGACGUCUUCAGAGAAAGACGUUCGGGAUAGGCUGCAAAGUGUCUCAGGAUUGUCUCAAUAUUCAUCCAGUGGUUAUUCCUCUCCUUCUUUCUCCAAGAGGAUUCUUGAUUUAACGUAUGAAAGCAUCAAUCAGAACCUGGUUUCUCUUAAUUAUUUCACAGUGCCUAAUCUACAAAGUCAAAUUUCAACUUUAGAAAAACAGAUAACUGCAAAUGAGAAGUUUCCAGAGGAGGAUGUUCAGGAUAAACUUCCAAACCAAAGUGUCCUAGGUUUGUCUCGUUAUAACAGUUAUUCCUCUCCUUCUUCCUCCAAGAGGAAUCUUGAUUUAACGUAUGAAGAGAUAAAUCACAACCUGUGUUUUCUUAAUACAACAUUGAGACUUCUAGAAAGUCAAAUUUCAACCUUAGAAAUACAGAUGACUAUAGAUGAGAUGUUUAAAGAGAAAGGUGUUCAGGAUAAGCCGCAGAGCAAAAGUGUCCCAGGAUUGUCUCAUUAUUUAUUAGGUUCUCCCUAUUCUUUCUUGGGUCCUUAUGAUUGGGGUAGUGGGUAUAAAUCAUGGGUACAUCCUCUCCCUCAGGUUCCUUUGAACUAUCCAUCACUGUCUGAACUGACGGAAUUUCUGCCACAGUCAACUGCGUUCUCAGGUCCAGAUUUGUGGGCUGGAACCAGCUCAGCAAAAAUAUAUGAUCUUUGUGCUGAGGGCAACCCGAUAGAUUGUAACAAUUACUCCGGCUCCAUGUCCAACGCGUCUACCGGCACUCAGUCCAUCAUCCCGACAGAAAAAACCUGUCUGGUUCUGCCUGAUGGCUCUUCCCCAGUUAACACUCCUGUCUCUUCUUCAAGUUAUAAACGGAAGAAGGGAAAUUGGGGCGGCAACAGAAGAAAGAAAAAAUCUAAAACCCAUUUUACUGUUCCUUUCAUUGAUUCCUCUGACGACACGCUGGAUCAACCUCCGCCUACUAGACUCACAGAAACAGUAUCGAUAAAGACUUCCUCCUCUGCAGCAGAUGUUAAACCAGGAGCCAAUCAGGAUACAAUUCUGGAAAUGGAGCUUCAUGCAACAGCUGAUCCCUCCGCAAUUCAACUAUCACCCAAAGAUGGUGUUUGUUUAGAGUCUGCAUCUCCUGAAAAGAAAAAAAGAAAGUCUAGCAGCUCAGAUGAAAUGUGUGGAGACAUUGAUCCAAACUCAAUCUUUCAGCUUCCAGUUAGAGAGGACACAGAUGAUGGUGGCCCCAGCUUUUACUCAAGUUCUACUGUCAGCAUUGAAGAAAGUGGAGCACAAGAUGCUUUUAAGCUGUUGUCUGUGCAGUCUGAAAGCGAUACAGGAGAUUUCAGUGAUGCUCCGGUGGAAAUGGAUGCACCUUUUACAGCUGAGAACUACUCAGCCACAAACACCCUGCCAGCCCGUUCUCACCUCCAGACCAACUCCUCAGAUCCUGGUUCCAGUAAAAGAGACUCCAGCUGUUUGUCUCGCUCUCACAGCGUUCCCUCACUGAGUCUAACAACCUCUGCAGACAACAAGACCUUUACACGAGCAAAGAGCUUACCUGACAUGCUGUUCAAAAACAGCUUUGAGGAGUUUACACCUGAUAUCACUGCAGAUGAGAACGAUGAAAGCUACAGGUUCCAGUGCUCCUGCCCAGGCCUGUACCAGUGCAGUGUGACAGGUCUGCUGUUCCACAUGGAGGGAGAAGGGGAUGUGGUCUACAGGAUUGUCCCUUGGGACAGGAGGCUACUAGGCCAACAUCACAAGCAGCCUGCAGGACCCCUGUUUGACAUCAAAUGUGUGCAGCAGUCUAUGUGUCAGCUUCAUCUCCCACACUGUGAGAUCCGCUCCACAGGUGGUUGUGGAUUCUUGUCAGUUGCUCAUGUGAAUGAUGACAGCAUCGAGUUCAUCGUCCCUCAUAAGAUAACAGAAACUCGUGUUAUCAUAAACAUCACAGGGUUUUCUGCCUUCGGUAACGUCAAGGAUGAAGACUCACCACCUGACCCGGUCCGAGCACUGGUUCUGCUGUUCUACAGACCCCCGGCUGAUCCUGACCUCACAUCCUUCCUCAAUGUGUUGUUGCUACCGAGGAACGUCGUGCUCCGGGAUGUGCUGCGCACCAGGAAGAGAAUAAAUAAAGAUGAGAACUACAUAGAGACAUCCUCAUACUGUAAACUGCACCCAAAGCAGGAAUACAAACUGUCCACUUGUCCUGAAGAUGACUCAGUUCUAGUUCAACCAACAGAAGCAGAAUUUGAUGAGGAAUCAUAUGUCAACUACAUCCCAUCAUUCCAGGUGAGAUUAAAGACAAUCAUUGUAAAUAUUAAGCUGCUUCUCAGAGAAACCAAAAGCUCCCACAGUGUCUGGGAAAGAGAGGUUUGUCUUCCAUCCAGUGCAGUAAAAAGGUGUGUGCAAGGCAGUUCAGAUGAGAGGCUGUUGGACAUUUGGAGCAGCUUCAUCGAUGGGAUAUCAGGACCUGUUCUCAAAAGUCUGCUGGACAAACUGUUUGAGAAAACUGUGCUGACUGAUUCUGAGAGGGAGUCAGCGGACGAGAUCCAAAACAAAAGCGACAAAGCUCGUUUUGUUAUCGACACAGUGAGGAAGAAAGGUGAAGCUGCUGGUUCAGAGAUGAUUGACUUUCUCUGUGAGGUCGACCCCUUCCUCUCUGAACACCUCGGGUUGAUCUGAAGCUCAAUAAACAGGUGUAUAGAAAUGUGUGUAAAUAGCUGAACAGAGCCGAGUGCAGCCGGUUAGUUAAACUGGGUUUCUUGUUGACGAGGCUGCAGUGUGAACUAUAGUGCGUGUGCUUCGGGGAAUCUGCCUCAUCUGUUUGUAGAGACUAAAUACAAGUAGAAAGUUGAAGUUUAGAGCCAUCUACUGGCUGACAUGAGUUCCACAAAACCACCUCACCACAACGUCCAUUUAGUGUCUGUUCUUGGAGCUUUUGGGUGAGUGGGAGUGAGAGUGUAAAUUAAGAUGUUCACGUUUCCAUUUUUCCCAGAUUAAGGUGUUUCGCGAUUCCGUGAACCUCCUCUCCAAAUAGGUUCUUGAAAAAGACUCGUGGCUCAUUUGGGAAAACCCCCCAAACUGUUUAAUCCAGCCAUGUUUCUUCUUGUUACCACACCUGAAUAAUAUAGUUCCUUCCCUCAAACCGAGAGAAGAAUAUUAAUGACUGAUAAUUAUGCGACGGAUCCUCACCCGCUGUGUUUUUUAUUACCAUUCCUCCUCCUUUAUAUUGUUUUUUAUACCUUAAAACAUUUAAAGAUGUAGAAAAAUAUAAUAUAUGUUGUAUUCAGUUGAAUGGCCAGGAAAAUGUAUAUUUAAUUUACACAUUUUAUGCAAACUGUAUCAACUUUAUUAGCAGAAAAAAGGUUAAAAACAAGGUAAAACCACUUUCCUGCAGUGUGCAUGUAAAUGAUAGUAAACAAGGAGAUAGUAAUAAUAGCUUUAAACAAUUUUAUGAACUAAUAGUCUUAAUCGUCCAGUUAUGUUUUUAUUUUUGUAUUUUCAGGUAUUUUUAUGUUUAAUAGUUAGAUUUAUUUUUAAUAUCCUACUUAUUUCAAGAGCCCAGAAUGUGUCAUAUACUCUUAUUUCUCAAUAAGAAAAAAGAGGAGUUGCUAAAAGGUUAGUGUGCACUAAUAAUAGCCUAAUAAUAAUUAAUAAUAUAUAUAUUUCAUAUUGAGUUUAUGUCCUUGACUAUUGAUUGUUUCUAUUCAUUGUCUGUGCUUUCUUUCACAGAUUUUGAAGUCUGAAUUUCAUUCUAUCUGUGGUGUCACUUCUUAAAACACACAAAACUAAAUUAUUUUAGAUUCUUUUAAGUUUUAUUUUACUCAUAUGUACCUCCUCAGCUCAAUUAAAUUAAUAAAUAAAUUAAUUUGUCUUGUAAGGCCCUCUAUUACUUUGUAGUAAAGUAAUAUAUAAAUACAGUUAUUAAUAUUAUUAUUAUACAUUCUCUUAUUGGAAUAAAUUCUAGUAAAUUAAAUAAUAGUGAAAUUACAAUACUCAUCAGGGUUAAACCAGUGGUUCCCUUUUUCUAUCAUUGAGUAAACUAACAGCCUCUGACUAUAUAUAAUGCAUAUUUCAUAUUAUAUUUAAUAACAGUAACAUUAGAGAACAACUGAUAAACUGUACAAUAAACCCAAAGAGUGAAAGCAAUAACUGCAGGAUGUUUGUGUAAAAUGAGAGAAGAGUUUUAAUUAUUUAUUGUGAGUAUAAUGCAUCAGAGACGUAUUUUAACGACAUUUUAUAUAAUUCUGUUUAUAUAAAUCUUUUUAUCUAUUUUGUUAAACAAUCAUAUGUACGUUAACUACUUCUUUUUUGGCUACACCAGUAUAUUCAGUAUAGUUUUAUUAGCUCUGUUUUAACUGCAUCUGUGAAACUGUAAUAUAUUUUUUGUCCGGUGUGAUUAUUAAAUAUUUAUUUAUACAAUA